GUCCAGGCGUCGUCAACAUGUGGACGUGCGCAGGAGUGCUGGCACUGGCGGCGUGCGCGUGCGCCGUCACGCGAGACCAGUUCUACCCCUACGGCCCAACCCUAGACGCGAGUCUACCGAAAGGACAGACAGCAUCCUCUCCUGAAGUUCCUCUCAAAGUGCCAAUUACCUUUUACGGAGAGAGCUACGAAACGAUAUUUAUAAACAACUACGGAGUCCUCACGUUUAGAGCGGACAUUCCAUCGUUCCUCAACGCGGAGUUCCCUCUGCCGUAUCCCUCAAUCGCAGCGUUCUACACAAACGUCGACACGAGCGAAGCCGGUGACAUAUUCUACAGAGAAACUGACGAGCCUCAUGUACUUCUUAAAGCCGAAGAGAGCGUGCAGAGCAAUUUCCACGACUAUUAUGACUUCAAACCUAAAAGCGUCUUCAUCGCAACCUGGUUGGAGGUCUCUUACGUUGGCCAUUCCGAUCGCAAGAACAGCUUCCAGAUCACAGUGAUCAGCAAUGGUACUGAGAGUUUCGUUGAGCUGAUCUACCCGGAGAGAGACAUCCAGUGGAUACAGCGCGAAGCUCAACCAAACAGCCUCCCAGAUGCUAAGGCACAGGCUGGCUUUGUUGCUGAGGACGGCAGACUACUGACGCUCAGGGGAUCCGGCAGCCAUCAAAUUAGAAACAUUGUUUCAUGGAGCAACGUCCAUGAACCGGGUAAAUAUGUAUUCAGAGUGGGUAAUAUCUCGUCCGAUGGCAACGUAGCUGUCCCCGAUCUAUACAAUCAAAACGAAGACGAGAUCGAAGAGGAAUCGAAAACUUGUGCGCAGAGCGGCCCUAGCGUAUGCCACAUUCAAGCGCGCUGCGUCGAUUACCCCGCGGGAAUAUGUUGCCAGUGCGAGGAAGGAUUCUACGGCAAUGGGAAGUCUUGUAUCAAAGACGACGUGCCGCUUAGAGUCCACGGUAAAGUCAACGGAAUCAUUAAUAAUGUUAAUCUAAAUGAUGUGGACGUUCAAGCUUACGUCGUGGUAGCAGACGGCAGAUCCUACACGGCUCUUUCGCAGGCGCCACCGUCACUCGGCACCAGCUUACUGCAACUAAGUGUGAUAGGAGGAGUUAUCGGAUGGCUUUUUGCAAAGCCGUCUGGUGGGGCCAAGAACGGCUACCAGUUGACCGGCGCUCUUUUUAAUCAUACUGCUGACAUAUUCUUCCCUGAGACUGGUGAUAGACUAACGGUGUACCAGGAAUACUUGGGUCACGAUGUGUUCGAUCAGAUAACGCUAGAAGCUGAUGUCAGAGGCACUAUACCUGUGGUUGCACCUGGAACCAAGCUUGAUAUUUCAGAAUAUCAAGAGCAAUAUACGCUAGUCGAGUUAGGUGUCUUACGCAGUGACUCUUCUCGCACAUUUACAAACAAAAUUACCGGCGAAAAGUACGAACAAAGAGUGUCACAAACCUUCACAUUCAACUCUUGUCGAUAUCUCCCUCCUUCAGAAGAUGACACGACUUCCUCGACUCUCAAGGUGGCUAAGAAUUAUCUUGGGUAUGAGUCCAGAGAAAAUAUCGUAAGAUACGGUACUAGUAAUAAAAUCGUACCUCUAGGUAAGGAGGACCCUUGCAUUGAAGGUAAAAAUAGUUGCGGCCCUCAUAGCACAUGCGUAGUGCAAGGCGACACAUUUGCAUGUGUGUGCCAAUCGGGUUUCUCGAGCCAAUAUCGGGACGAUUCCACCGUCGAAUGCGACGAUAUAGAUGAAUGCAUGACCGGGACUCACAACUGUGACGCAAACGCUGACUGCUAUAACCAUGAGGGUGGCUUCCAGUGCAGAUGUCGAGACGGGUACGACGGUAACGGCGUCUCCUGCAGUCGUGUCCUACAAUGCAGGGACAAAAAUUGUGACCCUAACGCUCAAUGCUUAGACACGGAAAAAGAAGCAAUAUGCAUUUGUAAUCCUGGAUUUACUGGGGAUGGACAGAGGUGUUGGCCGACGUACGAAAAUAAAUGUAAUAAUUGCUCUCCAAACGCUUACUGCAGAUUCGUACCAGAAAUAAACAAUUACGAGUGUGAGUGCAACAAUGGCUAUAGCGGCGAUGGAUACUACUGUUCUACAGACCUCCCCGCCACCCCUACCACACAACAAACGGAACCUAGUUAUCCUUCACCUGCUACAUCGAACAUCCCAUCCAGCUAUUCAAGUCAAGAACCUAGUGUUCCUACAUAUCCAUCCAGUACUACAAGCUAUCCAACCCCGCCUAGUUUGCCCAGUUACAAGCCAACUGUUCCAGAUUACCCUAUUAACAUGGCAUCCUACGAUGGAUCAGGCUUAGAAAACUUCUUGACGGAAGACAUCAAAACUCCUGAGGGUGUAUCCGUCGACUGGGCUGCAAGAAACAUAUUCUGGACUGAUUCGAAGAAGCUGUCCAUUGAAGUGGCAAAUCUCGACAGGAAGACUAGAAAAGUACUAUUCUCCGUCGACGGCAUCACCAACCCCCGAGGCAUUGCUGUACAUCCACAAAGAGGAAAAAUCUUCUGGUCAGAUUGGAAUCGCGCUGGGCCUAAGAUAGAGUGGGCCAACAUGGACGGCUCACAGCGCGGCGUGUUCCUAGACCAGACGGACGUCAAGUUACCCAACUCGCUGGCCAUCGACUGGGCGCGCGACCGGCUGUGCUAUGCCGACGCGGGCCUCUUCAGCAUCAGAUGUGUAAGCAUCGCCACCUCCGAGAGGGAGACCAUCGCCGCCAACUGCUCACAUCCCUUUGGCCUCGCCAUCAGCGGCGACAAGUUCUAUUGGACAGACUGGAGAACGUUGGAUAUCGAAUACAUAGACACGGUGAGUCAAGUGAAAGGCCGUCUGCCGAUAGCGGCGGCCACGCGGAGGCUGUACGGUGUGGCUGUGGCCCCCGAGGACUGUCCCACACAGACCAACGUUUGUCAAUACAGGAAUGGCAACUGUGGACCUGAACAACUAUGCUUACCCGACGGCAGAGGCGGCAGAACGUGCGUCGACGGUGACAACACUAAUUAAGAAAUGCCAGA